AUAAGCCGGCCAGCUGCCAUCGAAGAGCUGACUCCAGUAACCGGACAACGGACACAGAGUCGCAGCAUGUCCGCCCGUGUCCUCGCCAAUGGUCCUGCGUCCGGACACUGAACGAACAGCGCGAAACCAUGAUCAGCGCGGCCGCCGGCGGCGCCAUGCCCGCAGAGGAGGGCGGAGAGCGGGAGGCGCGCUCGGUAGCGCUGGAGCGCACCUAUGUGCACGACGUGUACUGUCAGAUGGCUCAGCAGCUGACCGACCUGCGGCAUCGGCCCUGGCCACGGGUCCGACAGUUCCUCGCCGACCUGGAGCCCGGAUCACUGGUCUGUGACGUCGGCUGUGGCGAUGGCAAGUACCUGAGUCUGAAUGCGGACGCCUACUUUGUGGGCGGAGACCGGUGCAAGGGUCUUCUGGUGACCGCCGCCCGGCAGACCCGACAGCAGGUGGUGGUGUGUGACGCGCUCAGUUUACCAUUCCGCGACGAGUCGGUGGACGCAGCCGUCUCUGUGGCCGUCAUCCACCACCUGGCCACCACCGAGAGGCGGGUGCGCGCCCUGCGGGAGCUGGCCAGGGUGCUGCGUAUCGGCGGCCGGCUCAUCGUCACAGUCUGGGCCAUGGAGCAGCGAGCCAGGAAGUUCGAGAGCCAGGACGUGCUGGUGCCGUGGAGCGCCGAGCCGGUGGGAGCCAGUGCCAGCGAGGAGCGCACCUCACUGGCCGAGCCGGAGGUGAUCUCGACCACCUCGGACGACGAGCCGCUCAACUACAGCGCGUUCACGCACACGAGCGACAGCGACUCGUCCAGGUCACCGAGGUCCAGGCUGCACGUGCGUCGUGCGGGUCGCCGCUCCCACCGGAUCCCCUCCAUCGACCCGACCAUGCUUAGUUCGUCCCAGAGCUCGUCCGGACUGUCGUCCCCGAGCGAGUCGUGCUACAGCUUCGUGCGCCGAGCGCUCCAGAAAUUGGCCCGGCGCGGCGAGGUGGACGGCUCGCGGCCAUGGAUCUUCUCGCCUUGGCCCAGCUACUCGGAGACCAAGCCGACCAAGGCGGGUGACGGCGCCACUGACGGCCAGCUGAUCGAGAUCCGGCUGGACGACGACGUCUCCGGUCUGGAGGAGGCACCUCGACGUCGCAACACGUUCGGGUGCGAGCAGUCGUCCAGCACCGGUGGAGGACCGCAGCUCACCGCGUUCAAGUCGCGCAGUGUCGGGGACAUGUGGAGCCUUCUCUCGGCUUCCAUUCUAGGACGUAAGGCUGACAGUGAGGGGGACCGGCCGCGUAGUUUCAUGUUUGAAGAUCCCGGAGAACAAGUCACCGUGAAGAAGGGUGGUGGAAAGACGGUAACGUUUUCCACACAGUCGCUUACACUGCCUCGUGAAAAACUCACCGUCGAUGUUAUUGGUAAGAAAUCGAAAAGUGACAGUGUGCUGGAUUCACGGGUUCGCGCAUGUGAGCCGAUGAAGGCCUCGCUCACCACGGUGCCCGAGAAUGACGUUCGUGACGGUGUGGAAGGGGCUGAGGCUGGCGAGGAAACGGCAGAGCCCGGAGCAGAAACCACACAGGCCACAUCCAAGCCUUCUCUGGUACGGCAGCGGCGCCUCGGUGACGAGCCAGCCGUGCCUCGCGUGUGCAGUGAAGAGCUGCCGCCAACAGCCAGACCUGUGCGCGGCAUCCUGAAGCAGACCUCUCUAAACGAGAACCUGAUGCGACGUGACUGGGCCGGCGAGAGACAGCAGAUUCGCUCCAAGAUCAUCAAACAACAGAGCCUCAAUGAGAACGUCAUCUAUGGUAAGCAGGCGAGCGCUCAAGAGGCUCCGAAGGCAGGCAUUUUCGCCAACUACAGCCGGCUCAAGGCUCUGCGAGAUAGCCUUGGUAAGCUAGGUGAGAGCUUGGAGAAGCUCACAGAGAGCGAACCACAGCCCUGUUCACUGAAGAACGGUCUUGUGAGAAUGGUGCGCCAGUUGACGGACAGCUCCGCCAUGCGUACCGACGCAGCCGAGCCGGAACAGAGCAGCGCAGCCGAGGCGGUACCUGAGCGACCAUCGCCGGCGCCCGCUGCUGCCCCACAACCGUCAGUUGGUGCGCGAUGUCCAGGCCCUCGCAGCUGCAGCUUGCCGGAGAGGGCGCAGCCGGAGCCGGUCACCAAGGGGUGCCUGAUGUCAGGUCCAGGGUGUAACCGGCCGGACCGACGCGGUCUGUAUCGGUACUGUCCCCGCGAGCGAAAGACGUCCCGGGAGGAGAGCUCGGAUAGCUCCAAGGAGAAUAGCUUCCAGAGUGACACGAGUCUAGACUCCGAGGAUAGCUGCGUCUCAGUCAUCUUUGUUCCCAAGGUGGAGGCAACAGAGACAGAGGCGAAAGAGCGGAGUAGAUCUGCUUCCAGCGAGUCGUCAGACGGUUCCAAUGGAAAGCUGUCGCCCAAGUCGCCACUAACUUCCGUUCAGCCCGUAUCGCCCACCCGACUGACGGCUGUUCCCGGUCGGGGAGGUGGUUUUAAAGGUCCCCCAAAUCUGGGUGCUCAGAUACUACAAAGCAACCUUCACGGUCGCUUUCAUCUGAUGGAACCUCCAGCAGGAGCAGCGGGCUCAGCGGGCUCUGCGAGCUCAGUCACCGCACCUUCUUCGUCAGACGCCACCAAAACCUUCACAAAAGCGCCUCCUUCUCGAGCCACCUCUUUGCCUUCAUCAGAUCGGAUAAGUGGGGGAACCGUCCUUACAUCUUCUGCAGCGCCAACACCACCAGAGCCUUCAACGCACAACGCACCUCCAUCUCAUGCCAGCAGCAGCACCAGCAAGCAUCCUGCGAUGUCUGGCGAACCCCCUGUGGCGCCGCGUUCCCUACCAGACGUGGUAAUGAGUAGUGGCGCAGGCGCCCUCCAACGACCGCCCUCCGGUCCAGCGGUACGGGAUCGUGUCUCUGCGCUCAUGGCUGGCUCUGUGCAACCGCCCUCACCAUCACCCAUGCAGCCACGUGCGGAUUCUUCCAGCUUCAAGUUCCUCUCGGAGACCAGCAGCAGCGACAGUGGCAGUGGUGCCGUUGGUGGUAGCAGCGGUGGAGGGGCCAGCACACCCUAUAGCAGUGGUAGCAGUGGUAGCAGUGGUGGCACCACUGGGAGCACCAGCGGCACCAGUGGCACCACCACCGGCGGGCUGAGGCCGUCUGGAGUCAGCAGCCAGGUCUCCUCCCUCAUCAUGGGUGAAAACAUCGAGAUCAUCCGGCGCGCUGGCGUGCAGGGCUUCCGUAACGUGCAGGGCGUUCGGCGGGUCGCGCCUCACUACCUGACAUUCGAGGUGUUUAACCCGGAGACGGACGAUCUGGACUCGGAGAGCUCGUGCGCGAGCAGCACCAGCAGCAGCAGCGCCAGCAGUCCGAGCAGCGCGUGUAGCGUUAUCAGCCUGGCCUCCGACUGGCCGUCGGCGCAGGAGAUCCAGGAGCUGGACCGCCAGAUCGAACAGCAGGAGCGGGAACGCACCGUGCACAGAUCAUCAGCGGAACCAUCUACAUCAGGUGGUCUCUCUGAAACCGGAGGAACGUCCAUACCUGGGAGCCACCUGUCGGCGCCGUGCGAAACUGACGACAGCCUGAGCAGCUCGCCAGAGCCACCAGUCCGCCUGAGCAGUCCGAGGGGUCGUCGAAAGGUAACUCUAGCUCGUCUGGACGCGCCGCCGCUCGAACAGGUGCUGGAGGAGGCCGAGCCGGAGGCGGCGCGUGUCGGCGCCUCAGCCCGUCGCCGUGCCACCGAGUCCGACGGCGCCGCUACCUCGCUUGCCUCCAGCGUCAGUUCAACGUCCAGUCUCUCGACGUCAGACGGCUACAGGUCGGCCGGGCCGCUCGAGUCGGCCCUGAAACUGGCUCAGACGCAGUGCGAGUCAGGCACUGCUGCCGCCUCGCCUCCCAUCACCGCGAAGCAAAUCUUCGACCGGGCGGAGGCUGCUGCGGCGGCAGCAGCAGCUGCGGGAGAGAAUCCCGAAGGCGAAGAGGUUCCAGUGAGUCGCCAGGGCUCGUCGGAGGACUCUCUGCCGUCAGACCGCGGUGGUGAGCUCGGUCACCAUCGCUACUACCACGUCUUCAGGGAGAAGGAGCUCGACCGACUCAUCGAGAAGUACGUGGACAACCUGCACAUCAUCUCCUCCUACUACGACCACGCCAACUGGUGCGUGGUGGCCGAGAAGGUGCAGGUGUGGACCAUCUAGCUGGAGACGCUGUGGACCAUCGGGCCGGCGCCGACGGCCGGCACGUGGGGGCGCUAAGAGCGCGCCCAGCUCACACCCAUCACUCCCGCUACCCCCGCGGCGGCGCCACCGUCGGCGGUGUGGAGCCAUCUCUCUGUGAUCCUCGCGCCUCUGCAUGUCAUGUGUGUAUGUGUGUGUGUGUGUAUACAUGUACUAAAUCGAUCCUGUGGAACGCUCACCGUCAGGUCUUAUUCCAUCGAUGCUCGCGUUUGAGUGAAGGUCUCUGUAUUUGUGUGAGUGAGCGUGCAAAGAUUUUAAUCAGCCUCGUCUCCCGUCUCUCGUGGGUGAUUCAUAACGACAUAGACACAGCUCGUUUAUCUGUGUAUUCCUUUACGAAUACCUCAAUUCCAAAGCAACGCUAUUUCGACUAAGGUAGACAUAACUAGAACAUCGUCUCUCUUCCUUUUCUCAUGUUUAAGAUCAGCAGAUGUAGAAGAUACACCAUCGGAGGAUAGCCAUUUUCACUUAUUCUGUGCCACCAAGUGACAACAAACUACGAGCACGCUGUGAUACUCGGAUCGUGUGGUGUGGUUUGACAACAAGACCGAUGGCCGCGUGUGAACUGACCAUCUUUACUAGGUGCAAUCUUAGCGACAGUCGUGCCUCAGAAUCUGGCACACUUUCAAACACUUCAUUCGAUUUCGAGAUGACGCAUUCCUGAGCGAAAGACGCCUCCUAUUACGGGACGCCAUGACGGGGAUCAUUCUUAUGCCCGACUCGCCUUUCAGAAUUGAUCCGUCAUUACUGUUUAGUUGGCAACUACUGCGCAUCAGAUCUGUUCUGUUACCUAUGCCAGACCAGCAUUAUACAGUGCUGGCAGAUCCCAAAAAGCACGACUUUUGGGCUAAGAUUGCACCUGGUGCAUCAGCGUAGGACUGACACAAUAUACUCAGUGCUAACAAUACUGCGGACUGCCAAGCGUGCUCCGUUGCGCAAAGAACAAGCCAUAAUGUCGCAUUCUGAACAUUAAUCUGUUGUUUGUACCGCUCCCUACCGUCAGUCAAUGUCGUUUGAAUCUUCGAAGUACAUAUUUUAUGUUUCACCUU